CCGAGCGCCGCCGAGCACCGCCGAACACAGCCGAAGGUGGCGUCAUAUGUUUCUCUAGCUCGCUGGUCUCGCUGUCUGUGAAGGAAGAAGGAAGAGCAAUGGCGACGCUGUACCGCCGCGCGCUCACACUGCACUCGGGAGCCACGGCACGCGCGAUCUUUGCUCUGAUGCUGCUGGGAAGAAGCUCUUGAAGGGUUCAGAGGUGAUCAAACUCAGUAAAGCAGAUAUGCUGUUAUAUGGUCACGUCUCGACCCAUGAGGAUUUCAACCCCGUCGUUUGCGAUGCCUGCAUCAAAGUCGUUAAGCCUCGGGACGUCCUGACUCAUUACGAACACGUGCGCUCGUGGAACGGAGAGGUGCCUCGCGCGGCGGGAGGCGACUGUAAUGCACGGAAGGCCCUCUGGCGGCUCGCCCUCGCCCCCUUCUGACGCCGAUCUCGCAUAGCUGCCUUUCUCUCUCGCCCGCUUUGAGAGCGGACAGCUGCGGGGCCGCGAGGGUUCGGCGCAGGGGUCAACGACUCGCGGCUAUUCAGCUCAAAACCCAGAAAGAGAAGGCGGGAUGCCUAGGCAUGCUAUUCUCUCGUCUGUUUUUUUUCUUCUUCUUCUUUCGCUUUCAGUUUUUUUCUCUCUUUCUUCUUCAUCCUCUCAACCGCCGCGGAGCAGACAGGCUGGGUAGUUGGAGAAUAGCUGAACAGUGAGCAGAGAGGAGCACGACCACCUCGAGCCCUCUAGAGCCAUGCAUAGCAAGAACCAGAGGAGACACUGUUCGCCCAGCAGCUCCAGGACGCCUCUGGUUCCCGUCAAGGCCAAGAUGUCGGCGAGCCAGAGCGAGGUGGAGCCCCUUCCCUUCCGGGUUCCCCGUGAUUUCCCGCACUCGCGCUUCAGCAAGGCGCCGCUGGCCGUCUAUCCGCCCAAAGGAGCCCGAGCCAAGGCCUGCGUGUCUUUACCUGUGGUGAGCCUGGAGAAGAUGCCGUGUUUCAGCCGAUCGGAGGGAGCGCACAUCAAAGUCAACUCCGCGUCUCCUUCGCCCGGUUCCUCUCUUUCCUUCUCCUCCGCGUCUUCCUCUCCAUCUUCCGCUCCUCUCAAGUCCUCCUUGACGUCGCCAGCAUCUCACAAGAACCAGGAGAAGUUCCUGAACGGCCGCGGCCCUGUGACUCCUCGCUCGGCCACGCCCCCCUCGCUGAUUGACAGGCGGCCCAGCCCGUCACGGUCGCCCCUGGAGAAACGGCCCGCCCCCUCGCCCUCCUCACAGGACCGGAGACCCACCGCCUCCACGUCUCCGUCUCUAUUGGACCGGAGACCGAUAGUCCCUCCUUCUCCACCAGACAAGAAGCAUCAGAACGGAGCCAAAGGCGGGCGGCACCGGAGAGUGUCGGGGAGAGUGUUUGAUCCUAAUAAACACUGUGGGGUUUUGGACCCAGAGACAAAGCGGCCUUGCACUCGAUCUUUAACCUGCAAGACUCACUCUCUAACCCAUCGGAGAGCCGUCCCCGGACGGAGGAAAGACUUCGAUGUCCUUCUAGCGGAGCAUAAGGGACGGGCGAAAGAGAAGGAGACCGGGCAGAAAAAGGAAGUUCAAGCAGGCAGCCAAUCAGUGCAGGUCACGCAGUCACAUGACUCAGCAACCAGCCUAUCCACAAGCUGUACCAAUGCCAAGACCACGCCCACUAUCAAACUGCAGCUGGCCAACUCACACCUACACAGAGCGCCUGGCGGAGCAGUGGUGUUCAGCUCAGUGCCUGUUCCUCCUCCCGAACCUCUGGCCUGGCAGCAGUGCAGCGGAGACGCGCGUCUGUCCAGCGAUGAAGGAGAAACGGACCUCCCCGAGGAGCCGGAGAAGACGCCGUGCCACUUCUCUCCCCAGCACCCGCGAGCCCUGAGCUGCUGUGCGUUCAGCAGCCGUUUGAUGGGACGGGGGCACUACGUGUUCGACCGGCGGUGGGACCGGGUUCGGCUCGCGCUCCACUGCAUGGUGGAAAAACACGUCAACUCUCUCAUGUGGAGGAAAGUCCCCCUAGCGUUGGAGAGCAUGACGAGCCCCGCUGAAGUUUCUCCCCUGGGCUCUCCGUUCGUGUCGAACCACACGCUGGCGGCUCCUCUGGACGGCGUCUCCAUGGUCUCGUACUCCACCUCUUUCUCUCACAACGGCGCUGGGGUUUUCUGCAUCCGGGACCCUGGACCCGGACCCCGACCGCAGAGGAAUAAACCGGCCAAGCCGCCCAAAGCCUCGGGGGACGGAGCGGGACCUAAAAAGCGGAAAACGCCUCCUGCCUCUGAGUCACGAAAGAGCGGGAGCAGCGGGAACAGCUACCAUCUGCCACUGGGCGCGGCGCACAUCAGCAACGGGACAGCGGCCCUCAGCGUGCGGGCCAAGCCACGGCCGGGGGCCCCGGGGCCGAGGGAGCAGGACCGCUACGGGAGCGUGGAGCUGUCCCUCCCGCAGGCCCUCACCGGGGAUCACGGCGGCGUCUUGUCUCACAGCCCUCUGCCCUACGGAUCCUCCAACGGUAAGAAGAGGAAGAGCUCUGGAGCGAGCGACAAGCCCAGCAAAAGCACCAAAUCCACAGCACUGGGACUGGACCCCGGGAUAUUCAGGAAGAGCAGCGGCUUGCUGUCGUCUGCCGCUGAGUCGCCCCACAGCGCCCUCCCCAGACAGCCCAAGGUCCCGCACUGAUGCAGUGUGAGUCUGAGAAGAGUUUGCCGCGGGACGCCAGCACUGUGUCUGUCCUGCCUUGAUCCCACCGCUGCCUCUUACACGCCGCUACGGUUGAGUCGCGUCCUUCGCCUCCUCUCCUCUCCUACAGGGCUCCUUCCCAUCCGUUCCCAUCAGGAAUAGACGCUUCAUCUGCCAGUUCAUCAGAGAAUGAUUCCUCACUUCUCCUUCAGCCUCGUGCAGAUCCGGAUUUUGAUUUAAACCAGUACACAACGCGUUUCAGACAUUCAGCGACAUGGAGUUUUAUUUUAGUUUUUGUCGUAGAGGCGGACAGCGUGAAGGAAAGCCCUUCGGACUCAACCGUGUCGAUCUAAAGUGCACUUAAUUUCAAGUCUGAACUACGUAAAAAAAAAAAAAGGAGGGGAAGAAACGUUUCAAACAAGGGAAUAUUUUACAGACGCUUUUUCGGCAAGUUGUAUUUUUCUAAAAUUGGAUGAAUUCAGGUUUUUGAGUAUUUGUUUUUGACACACAAGUGUUUGUCGAUUUAAAAAAAAAAAAAAAAAAAAAAAAAAAAAAAAAGACACGCGCCCCCGUGGUAAACUUCAACCGGUGAUGAAUUUUGUAUAAUAAUUUAUCCUUUUAUUAAUUUUCUAACUGACCUGAUUAGCGCUUCACACGAUGAGCAGAAGUAUAUUUGUAUGCCAUUUUAAAGGUUGAAAGUAUUCUAGAGACCCUAUUGUUGGAAAUGUGUGUACAUAUCUUUUAUUAUAAUUGUUUUGUUUUGUAUUUAUUGUUAGUUUUCUCUCAGAGGUUCAAGGAUUUAGUGGUUUCUAUCUUCCUCGGUCGUAUGUAUCUUCAUUGGUUAUGAAAGGGCCUUUGCGUUUUCCAUUUAUGCUCUCCGAUUGUGUUUUUAAGGAAUACUAACUGAAAUAAUUACGUACCGCAGGAUCCCAGUCUUUCAAGACUGUUCUAGAGGAAAGGUACAUUGCUGUGAGCCAGUAUUGGCAUUCGGCCGAGGUCUGUUGCCAAUUUUUUUUUUUUUUUACGUGUUGUCAGGUCAUAAGCGCACCUUUUUAGUGUUUGACCAUCAGAUAUGAAGACCUUCUCAAAGAGUUAACGGAGGAAUGUCUGCUUUUUAUUACACUGUUGUUUUUAUCCAUUGAUCACGCAUUAAUAAUUUCAAGCAUAAUAGAAUCGUUUCUGAAGGAUCACGUGACGAUGAAGAGCGGAGUAAUGACGCUGAAAAUGAAGCGUUGCAUCGCAAGAAUAAAAUAGAUAUUAAACAAUAUUCUAAUAGAAAACAGUUAUUUUAAAUUGUAAUAAUAUUUCACAAUUUUACAGUGUUUUUUAUCAAAUAAAUACAGCCUUGGUGGAAAUCAACAACUUAAAAAUCGUACAUUUAAAAUAAAAAUGUGAAUGGCAGUGUCUCUAGCCUAGUUUUGAAUAAAUCUAAAGCAUUAUAUAUAGAUUAUACGGUAAUAAUGUGAUUAACUUCCCACUGAAUAUUCGGUUUUACACUGAAAUCGCGACAGUAUAUGGAUUGUAAAUGUUGACAUCGAGGGGGAAGAGCGAAGAAUUGCAAAAUAAUGCUGAUUUCCAAACAGGUUUACAGAUCAAUGCGCUUUCGCAUUGAGACAUUUUCUCUCGUUUAAUCUCUGAGAAGCUCUUCGUCAGAAUCUUAAUACUUAAAGGAACAGUUCGCCCAAAAAUGAGCAUUUUCUGAAAAUGCACUCGCCCUCGGGUCAUCCAAAACGUCAACGAGUUUGUUUCUUCAUCAACUUGAACGUUAUAUCACUUGCUCGUCAGUAGUGAAUGGGUGCCGUCAGUAUGAGAGUCUAAACAGCUUGUAAAAAAACCCCAAACAUCCAUAAUGGCUUAGUUGAAGCAAUGGUUUUAAGUUAACAAUGUCUUAACGAUGGAUUUGUUUAUAAAAAAGCACCAGUCUUCACUAGAUUAGAAUCGAUGUGCUCCAGCGGUGUGGAUUAUUGCGACGUCACUCUCAUUCGACGGCACCCAUUCACCGCACAAGCGAUAUAAUGCUCUCCCGAGGCUUUAUUUUUAAUCAGAGUUAUUUAAACUAUUCCUCUAAGGAGCCACAACUCCUUUAAAGACCCCUCUUUGCACUCUUUCGUUUUCUCUUUCUGGUUGUUUGUUGAAUUUGAGUACCAUUUUAUUUAUAUAAAAAGCAAGGAGAAAUAAUCAUGUAUAGUUGUGCAAAGACAGUACUCUCUGUGAACCCAGCUUGUGUUUGCUGUGACGGCUCUUCAUCCCCCAGAUUAUUACCUUGUUGCCUUGCUGCCAAUGUGAAACUGUCCAUAGGUCAGCUACCAGAGCUAGAACCCAAGCCCGGACCCCCCCCCUCCGCACCAUCUUUUAUGCGUGAAGCGCUUCCAUAAAGAUUCGGCGCCCGUUCAAGGUCAUCCCGAAGAAGACGAGGAUGAUCGGCUACUUGUUUUGCCUUUUCCCGUUGCACGUCAAUCAUCGGAGAUUAUUCUAUCUAUAUUUUUUCAGAAUAGCGCGAAGGACCGCUUAAGCAAAACAAAUGAUAUUGCAACGCGGUCGAGAUCUGAUCCCCCUUUUGACCUUAUGGCUCUUUCUUUUGGUCCAACAGUGCCACAAAUCUCUGUGAUCUACAGUUCAUCGACGGGAAAUGUUGAACUGUUACUAAGCUAUGAAGUGUUAUUAUACAGUAGGUCCUUGUAAACACAUCCCUCUUGUAGAAAUGAAUGAAUGUCACCAUGGCAUAGCAGUGCAAUUUUUUAUUUAUGCGUUUUAUUUUAAGGUUUUGCUUUUAAUGAUUGUUUUUGUUAUCAUUAUGGAAGCCCAUCUCCUUCACGGAAUUAGAAAAUAAAAUUAUUAUUAUUAUUUUUUUAUUUUUUUGCAAUUAUGACUUUUCAUCGUAAUUCAGAGUAAUCUCACAAUUCGGAUUUAGGUUUUGCAAUUCAGAGAAUAAAAGUCGAAUUCUGACUUUUGUCUUUUUCCACAGCUCUAACUUUUUAAUGCGAUUUGUGAGUUUGUAUCUUAAAAAAUGACGUUUGCUGGGGAGUGUUAUGGGUUUCCAUACUUUAUAUAAAUAUAAUAUUUAUUCACUUUUUUUUUUAUUUUGUUUUAUAGUUUAAUUUAGUUUUUUUAUUUCAAUAUUUGCAUAUUUUUAUUUAUAUUUUUGUAGUUUAACAUGCUUUUUCGGGGGGGGAUUGCAUUUUAUUUCUGCGUUCACUUCUUAUUUCUAUUAUUAUAACUCUUUUCAGCAGCUUAAUGGCUGAUUUCACGAAGAACGGCGUGAGACUCCAAUCCUCAUUGGUUUACUUUGAAUAUUUGUGAACAUGUUCGGUUACACAAAAUCACACGCAGAGUUUCCUACGAAAGACACCCAGCUUGCUUCCACGUCAACAACAACAACAACAACAACAAAAAAUGCCUGAAGCAAUAUGAAUUAAUUCUGCAAUGUUCUCCGUUCUGUUCAGUUGGUCUACUGAUAUAUGUAAUGUUGCAUGUGUGCAUACUACUACUUUGCCAUUAUUAGUGAAUGUCACUGCUAUCUAGAUGGUUUGUCCUGACACUGCACAAGCAGCCCUGUUCCCGGCCACACCGCCUGUCCACUUCUGUCAUGUUGUAGAUGUGUUAUAGCUACACCUUCAGUGCUUCGACGUGACCCAGCCAUAACAAUUGUAAAGAUUUCGAAGGCCUUAUUUUUAUACCUGGACUCUUCGUACAGAAUCUGUUUAAAAAAAAAAAAAAAGUGUUAAUAGGCAUUUCUCUCAUUCCUAAGACGAGCUCCUGUGUUCUUUAUACAGUUUGUGUCCUGUUGGCCCAUGUGUUCUCGAUAUAGAUGUGUAUUUUCAGGUUUGAUGAUAUUUUGCAUUUCAGCUGUUACAGAAAUACAUUUUUCUUACCUGC